AUGACCGAACUCACUUCCGUCUUGCUUGUCGGUGGCUCCGGCUUUCUUGGUUUGCACCUUGUACAGCAAUUCCGUAACAAAUGUCCCAAUGUGAAAAUUCAUGUGUUCGACAUUCGCCCCAUUCCAGAAAAGUUAUCCAAGUACUUCACUUUCGAUCCAUCCGAAAUUGUUUUCCACAAAGGUGACUUAACAUCGGAAAAGGAUGUUAGAAAGGCUGUGGAAGCCUCAAAGUGUGAGGUUAUUGUCCACUCUGCCUCUCCAAUUCACGGCAUGGCACAAGAUAUAUACUAUAAGGUAAACGUCGUGGGAACAAAAAAUCUUGUGUACGUGGCAAAGUCUUCGCCAGUGAAGGCUUUAGUUUACACUUCCUCAGCCGGUGUUAUUUUCAAUGGAAAAGACGUUUUCAAUGCCAAUGAAGAUUGGCCAUACCCUCGCGUGCAUAUGGACGGCUACAAUGAAACGAAGGCCAUUGCAGAACAGUAUGUCAUGGAAAGUAACGAUCCUGACAAUUUAUUGACAGUUUGCUUGAGACCAGCAGGUAUUUUUGGGCCCGGUGACAGACAGUUAGUACCAGGAUUGAGAACUGCUGCGCGUUUGGGCCAAUCCAAAUUCCAGUUGGGCGAUAACAACAACCUUUUCGAUUGGACUUAUGCUGGUAACGUUGCAGACGCGCAUGUAUUGGCUGCACAAAAGAUCUUGGAGGAAAAAAACGAGGAAAUACUUGGUGGAGAGACAUUUUUCAUCACUAACGAUGCUCCAACCUACUUUUGGACAUUGGCAAGAACAGUCUGGAAAGCUGAUGGACACAUUGAUAAGUAUAACAUCGUAUUGAGCAGACCGGUGGCCAUUGCAGCAGGUUACUUGUCGCAGUUUUUCUCGAAGCUUUUGAAUAAAGAGCCGGGUUUAACGGCAUUCCGGGCGAAAAUCACCUGUGCUACCCGUUAUCAUGACAUUACGAAGGCCAAAGAGCUUUUGGGAUAUGUACCUGAGGUUUCCCUCGAAGAAGGAAUCAAGCAUACUCUCGAUUGGAUCUACGAGACACAUAAGGACUAA